AUGAGCCUGCCCUGGGCAGAGCGCGCCCGCGAGCCGCCCUCAGAGCCGCCGCCGCCCGGCCCGGAGCACGGCGGCUGCGGCGGCUUCGCGCCCGGCUCCUGGCUCGGCGUCUGCUGCGCCGCCCGCCUGCCCGCCGCCGCCUCGCCGCGCUACCUGCUGCCCGCUGAGGACGACGAGGCGGCGGACGGCGGCGCGGCGCGGGGCGGCGGGAGCAGCCCCGGCGGUGCGCGGGGCGGCGGGCGGCCGCGGGGCGGCGGCGGCGGCCCCGGGCUGCGGGCGCAGGUGAGCGGCGUGCAGAAGCAGCGGCGGCUGGCGGCCAACGCGCGGGAGCGGCGGCGGAUGCACGGGCUGAACCACGCCUUCGACCAGCUGCGCAAUGUCAUCCCCUCCUUCAACAACGACAAGAAGCUCUCCAAGUACGAGACGCUGCAGAUGGCGCAGAUCUACAUCAGCGCCCUGGCCGAGCUGCUGCACGGCCCCGCCGCCCCUUCCGACGGCUCCGGCAAGGCCGAGCACCGCGGGGCCCCCUUCGAGCCGUCCUGCGCCGCCGCCGGGGCCGGAGCUCCGUCGGGGCCUCCGGCGCCGCCGCCGGGGCCGCCCAGAGCGUCGCCGCCCGGGCACGGCCGGACUCGCUUCCCCCCGCCGCCGGCCGCGGGGGGCUACUCGGUGCAGCUCGACCCGCUGCACUUCUCCUUUGCGGAGGGCGCCCUGAUGGGACAGAGAGCCCCUUCCCCCGCCCUCCUCCUGCCGCAGCCCGGGCAGCCGCCGCAGGAGAGGAGCAAGACGUCGCCCCGGUCCCACAGGAGCGACGGGGAGUUCUCGCCCCGCUCCCACUACAGCGAUUCGGAUGAGGCCAGCUAA